AUUUACAAAAUUCCUUUUACAUGUUAAAUGUAGGGUUUUAUUGACACAGAAAGCGAAUCGGAGCUACUUCCAUUCCCAACUGUCCUCCUCCAUCCUUGCAUCCUUCGCUCUUCCCGCAGCGCCACCAGUCGGAGCCACCCACUGCACCCUCUAGUCUGUUAAACAUACACUAGCCUACCCGGAUUCGAAAUGGCAAGGCUGCAAUAAUCGAAAUCGAAUCAAGUGAAAGCGCCUUUUUCUUCCUCUAUUCUCAUUUCCUGUAAGGAUUAUCAGCUGUGCAGAAAGACCCUAUCUUUUCAUCGGCAAACCCAUCACAAGAAAAUGGGAGGUGAAGAGAAGCAUCUUGAAGACUGCUCUGUUUCCAAUGCAUUGGGCACUUGGGUGUUCUCUGUGGCAGGAGCUUUGUUGGCAAUUCCAGUGGGGAUAAAGCGCAAAUCUCUGGCACCCCUUGUAUUUUUUGGCACCACUGGUACUAUGCUUGAUAUUAUUAUGGGAAUUAGUCAGUGCGAAAGGGAACACGCAGAGCGCCAAAUGGCUUUACUUGAAGCCCAAAAUUCUGCAACUGAAACUUCUUUGGCGGAGACAGAUGAAUCCACACCAUAACCUCUAUAUCAUGAGGUUAUCAAUAUUGUUAAAUUUAUUUGGUCAUGAUUGUAACAAUUAACUAACCAAAUUUUCUGGGAGCCCAUGGCCAAAUGUUCUAUGAAUUGGUGCUUUGUUGUUGGCCUUUUUCCUCCGGCAACGUAAACGAAUGGUGAAUAAGGAAAGAUUUCUCUGGUGAUUUAUUCAUAAAGAUUUCAGAAAUGUUUGGUUCUUUUAUAUUUUUCAUAUAUAUAUUGAUGGCCAAGAAAAGGCGGCCACAUUGGUUUC